AUGCUGAGAGGUUUGAAGCUAUUCUCUAAAACUUCAGGUUUAUGUCCUAAUGCAUCUAAGUCUGCGGUUUACUGUCAUGGCAUGCUUGAAUCUGAUGUGAAUCGGGUACUUGAAACAUCUAGCUAUACUCGCAGUUAUCUUCCAUUCCGUUAUCUUGGCAUACCAAUUUUCUCUAAGAAGAUUUCUGCAGCUGAAUGUACCAGUAUCCUUGAGAAAAUGACUGGAAAAAUUCGGCUAUGGAGUACCAGGAACCUUUCUUAUAUGGGGAGAGCUACGUUGAUUAAUUCAGUUCUAAUCUCCAUCCAUUCUUACUGGGCACAGCUUAUGAUUUUACCCAAAAAAUUACUUAGAGAUGUUGAAGCACUCUGUCGAUCUUUCCUUUGGAAAGGGUCCUCGGAUACUCAUAGUCAUGGCCUAAUUGCAUGGGAUCACCUCUGUUUAUCAAAAACAGCAGGGGGCUUAGGCUUUAGACGAAUUCUUGAUUGGAAUGAGGCUGCCAUAGGGAAAUAUGUUUGGGAUAUUGCCAAGAAAAAAGAUAAUCUAUUUGUCAAAUGGAUUAAUAGUGUUUACAUAGCAAACAGGAGUUGGUGGGAUUAUUCUUGCCCUCUGGAUUGCAGCUGGUAUUGGAAACGUAUAGUUGCUGUGAAAGAACGUUUCAAGCAUAAAGUUUCACUUGGCUCCUUCUUAUCUCAGCAAUAUAGUAUCAAAAGAGGAUUAGAGCUGAUGAGUGUUCCUGGCAGUAAAGUUUCUUGGAACAAGUUUGUUUGGGAUAGACUAAUUACUCCUAAACAUAGAUUCAUCAUGUGGUUAGUCAUGUGGGAGAGAUUGAAUACAAAGGAUCGUAUCAUCAAAUACAACUCAUCUCUAGAUUCGAUAUGCCUACUUUGUGGGGAAGCAGAUGAAUGCAUUGAGCAUCUUUUUUUCCAGUGCCUGUAUAGCAGAAAGUGUCUCAGUGCCAUUAAAAAUUGGCUCAACUGGCAUACACAAUCCAUUAAUCUGGUGCGCUUGCUGAAAUGGAUUUCCCAUGCUAAGGCAUCAAGUAUAUACAAGAGCAUGCUGAUGACUAUACUUGCCGCUACUGUGUAUCAUAUUUGGAGGGCAAGGAAUGAUGUCCUUUGA